AUGGCUUCCACUCUCGCCUCACGGCUUUCGCGUCACUCGGCUGCCCUCGCCAUCUCCAUCACAGUCACCGCCUUGUUUAUGAUCUACCAUCUCUCCCCUACGGUCUCGUACCACCUCUCCUCCUCACGCUGGACAGGUGCAGCCUCCGUGACCUUACCUUCGGCCUGGCUGUCGGACGCUGGGCACCUCAAGUACGCGCACGGUGUCGCGUUCGGAAGCAAGUACACCCUGCUCCAGGAGCACGCGGCCGGAUAUUCGUGUGAUGAGACAGAGGUCCUGGCGGAUGGGCAAACGGUGUGCCGGAAUACCAUCAGCGUGUUGAAGAGCCUGUGGUCGAAUACCAAGGCGCAGCAGCGGUAUCUGGCGGACGAGGCCGCUCGGGUCGAGGCGGAAAUCGCGGGACAGGUGGCUCAGCUAGACGUUAUAGAGGAGAAGGAACGGACACAGGAGGCGGAAUUCAGCAGGACCUACGAAAACAUCUCGACAAUAGCGGGGAAGCGGAUACUCGUCAUUGGCGACAGUCUGGACCGGAACUGGAUCGCGAGUCUCGUCGACGUUACCUCCCCCUCCUCCCACUAUCGCAACUACGACCUCUCUUCCUACAUCCCACCUGCAGAAGCACCCUCCUCCCCGUCCUCCCCCGCCGAAGCUGGACACCUCGGGGAACGAGGCACGGCCUUCAGCUUCCACUGCGCGACCGCCAUCAUCCCCAUCGCCCCUUCCCCCUCCUUCUCCUCGGAAGAAACUAGCAUCGCCGAGUCCUUCAUCCCUCCCCUCACCCGCGACCUCCCCUCCGCGGACAACCAAUUCCGCAUCGACCUCGUCUUUGCCUUUGGGGUCAUGAACGAGGGCAUCAAACCCACGCUUCCGGGCAAAGCGAGCGACCGCGUCGAGGCGCUCCGCCAAGUCAUCGGUGGCGGGAUGGACGACCACGACUCGCGUCCCUACGACGCCAUCACGAUCAAUUUCGGGCUCUGGGAUCUCGUCGGAUUCCAGCGGCGCGCCUACCUCGCCACCUCGGCGGAUCGGGAACCGGGGCUCACGAUCGAGUGGAUCGCAGAGUACACGCAGAUCUGCGAACGCUUCAUCCAGUCUCUUCGGGACACGUAUGGCGCCCAUACCCCCAUCUAUUUCCGCCUCGUCCACGUCACGGGCCCCGGUCUCGUCGCGCGCGGGCUGAUGGGUCUGCCGCCGCACCUCCACGCGAUCGCAGAGGAACAGAUGGUGCCGACGUUCAAACCGCUUCGGGUCGCCGAGCUCCGCCGGGCCCAGAUCAACGUGGCGAAAAAGAUGGGCAUCAAGACGAUCAACUUUGCGGGCAAGUUUGAGGGGUAUGGGACGGAGAUUACGAACGAUGGGACGCAUCCCGUCACAGAGGCAAACCAGGUGUAUGCCGAGUUGAUGCUGCGGCAAUUGAUGGCGCAGUAG